CGGGCACCCAGCCUCCUGCCCCACCCCCUGGCGUCGGCACCGCGGGCCAUCUGGGGCCGCUGCCCCUGGCUGCGCCCUCCCCGCCGGCCAGGCCCUGGAGGGACCCGGGAGCUGCCGCCGGCAUCAGCCCAUGGCCCGGAGGUACGAUGAGCUGCCCCACUACCCCGGCAUCGUGGACAGCACUGCAGCCCUGGCUGGCUUCUCGGAGGCAGUGCCCUCGGCACCGAGAGCCCCCGGGCCCUACGGCCCCCACCGGCCUCCCCAGCCCCCGCCCCUGGGCUUGGAUAGUGAUGGCCUGAGGAGGGAGAAGGAUGAGAUCUACGGACACCCACUCUUCCCGCUGCUGGCCCUGGUCUUUGAGAAAUGUGAACUGGCCACGUGUUCUCCCCGUGAUGGGGCUGGGACUGGGCUGGGCACACCCCCAGGCAGUGACGUUUGCUCCUCCGAUUCCUUCAACGAGGACAUUGCAGCCUUUGCCAAGCAGGUCCGCUCCGAGAGGCCUCUCUUCUCCUCCAACCCGGAGCUGGACAAUCUGAUGAUACAGGCCAUUCAAGUGCUCCGCUUCCACCUGCUGGAGCUGGAGAAGGUGAGUGCUUGUCACUUCCCCUCAUGCCCUCACUUGCCCCCCAUCCCUUCCCUUCUUGCCCCCUCCACCCCUCCUUCAGGCUCUCUCCCCACCAGAGUUGCAGCAGAAGGCCACCCCCAUCCCUAUACACCCCAGCCCUGGCCCCCGGGUGGCCCCCCCAGUACCCCGGUGCCCCCUCAGGUCCACGACCUGUGCGACAACUUCUGUCACCGCUACAUCACCUGCCUCAAGGGAAAGAUGCCCAUCGACCUGGUCAUCGAGGAUCGGGACGGCGGCUGCAGGGAGGAUCUCGACGACUACCCGGCCUCCUGCCCGAGCCUCCCAGAUCAGAAUACUACAUGGAUUAGAGACCAUGAAGACAGCGGGUCUGUACAUUUGGGGACCCCGGGUCCAUCCAGCGGGGGCCUGGCCUCCCAGAGUGGUGACAACUCCAGUGACCAAGGAGAUGGGCUAGACACAAACGUGGCCUCUCCCAGUUCUGGGGGAGAGGACGAGGAGCUGGACCAGGAGCCGCGGCAGAACAAGAAGAGAGGCAUCUUCCCCAAGGUGGCCACCAACAUCAUGAGAGCCUGGUUGUUCCAGCACCUCUCGCACCCGUACCCCUCAGAAGAGCAGAAGAAGCAGCUGUCGCAAGACACGGGGCUCACCAUCCUGCAAGUCAACAACUGGUUCAUUAACGCCCGGAGACGCAUCGUGCAACCAAUGAUCGAUCAAUCCAACCGCACAGGGCAGGGUGCAGCCUUCAGCCCAGAGGGCCAGCCCAUGGCGGGCUACACGGAGACUCAGCCGCAAGUGACUGUCAGGCCCCCAGGAUCAAUGGGGAUGAGUUUGAACUUAGAAGGAGAGUGGCAUUAUUUAUAGAGGCUGGAGUCAGAAGAAAUACCCCCACCUCUGGACUGUGGCUGCCAGGCUCAUACCUGCUUCUGGUCGACGCCUGGCCCUCUGGCUUCAGCACCCCACCUCCUACGGCCCCCCCAACUCAAUGCCUACCUCCCUGGGGCCCUGCCGGGACAUGAGGGGCCUGAGCACCCACUCGAGGGUCUCUCAAGGACAAAGACAAGGGCUCCAGGCCCUGUGCCCCACUUCUGCCCUCACCUCUGCCUGGAACCCGAGCUGAGAUCCUGGGCCUGGGUGUUCAGAAGAUGGCGGCUGGGUAACCCCCCCCACCCCUAGGACAGAGAAGGGAUUGGGGGUGGGCUGGGGCCAUCAGGGAAGGAGGGUCACCCAGAUCCGACAUUUAGAGAGGUUCCCUUCAUCCUCCCAGCCCACCCUCUUUCCCCCUCCCCCAUCUCCCUCUUGUGUUGUC